AUGAGUGCUCUUUUAAAUAUUAUUUGUGCUGCAGAAGCAUCCGGUGAACUAGAUGAACCUACUUCGCCAAGACAAUUUUGGGUACAUCCACUCAAUCAAAAAAGAGAGAAGGAUUAUUUGUUCGAAAACUUUUACACUUCAAUUCGAAAAUUCCCUCAAAAGUUUUUUGAGUAUUAUCGAAUGUCACUAACUUCUUUCGAUGAGUUAUUGGAAAUAAUUCGUCCUAGUUUAACAAAGCAGCAUACUAAUAUGAGGAAUCCAAUAUGUGUUGAGCAAAGACUUACAAUUACUAUAAAGUAUUUGUCGACCGGGACUUGUUUCAAAGCUCUACAAUUUGAUUUUCACGUUGGUAAAAGUACCAUUGCGGAAAUAGUUAGGGAGACCUGUGUUAUUAUUUGGGAAAUUCUACAGCCUACAGAAAUGCCAAAACCUACAAGUGAACAAUGGCUUGGAAUAGCUGAUAGAUUUUAUCAAAGUACAAAUUUUCCAAAUUGCUUGGGUGCCAUAGAUGGCAAACACUUAAGAUGUAGGAAUCCCAUAAACUCCGGUUCAUAUUAUUUUAACUAUAAAAAAUUUUUUUCUAUUAUAUUGAUGGCCGUAGUUGAUGCUAAUCUCAGAUUUAUUUGUAUUGAUGUUGGAGCUUACGGGAGGGAAUCAGAUUCUACUGUGUUUAGACAAUGCACAUUUGGUAAAAAACUGUAUGCUCAAGAACUAAAUAUACCAAAACCAACAUGCUUACCUAAUACAGAAAGUCCUCCAUUACCGUAUGUGUUUUUGGCUGAUGAGGCUUUUGGUUUGCAUACAAAUUUGCUUUCAAGAGCACGAAGAACGGUCGAGUGUGCAUUUGGAGUAUUAUCCAACAAAUGGAGAGUAUUACAUACUCCUUUAUUAGUGGAACCAGAUUUUGCCGACGAAAUAAUAAAAGCUUGUUGCAUUUUACACAACUAUGUUCGUCGAAGGGACGGAGCUACUUAUGAAGAUAUGGAGUCAAAUUUGUUGGUCGAUGACUUAGAAAUUCGAGGAGUUCCAGCAAGAGCACAAGGGAUAGAAGUUAGAGACGCAUAUGCAGAUUAUUUUAUAGGUCCAGGUUCAAUACCAUUCCAAUAUAGAUUUAUUUAA